AAUUGACCGGUGUCCCGGUCUGCAAUUCUGUUUCUUGUCCGAUUCAGUUACAACAAAAAUGGCAACGCAAACCUAAUUUUCCAACGAAAACUUCCAAAACUCCAAAACCUCAUUGGACGACGUCGUUUUCCUCUCUCCUUCUCUUCCUCUAUAUUAAUCUCACCUUCUUCGAGUUUCUCCCUUAGUCUCAUGCAAUUUGAAACAACACAAGAGAGGGAGAAAGAGAAACCCCGAUCUUCCUCUUUCCAUCUCUUCUCUUUCUUCAGUCCUUCCUAGAUUCGUAGCAUUUUAUCACUCCUUUCGAAAUCCCUUACCGAAAUCGCGUUAACGGUGAGACUUUUUAUACUUUCCCUUUCAUCAUGUGGAUUUCAGCUCCCAUGCUAAUUCUUAAAAAAUACCAAGGUGGUGUGAGUUGUUUUGUUAGGUUUUUUAUUUUUUUUUUCCCAAUCUCGGAUUUUUUGAAAAAUUUCGAUAGAUUUUAUGGUUGAGAUUGAGUUUUGUUAUGAUGCUGUGUUAACAACUUUGUCGUUGAGAACUUUAAAUUGAGAUUGGUCUUUGUUCAGUUCAAAACGGCUGAUUUAUCAUGGAUUCAUGGUGAUUGUGUUGGUCUGUUCCUUUGAUUUGGAAACGGCACUUGAGCUGUGUGAUGUGAGAACUUAAUGUGUGGCUUUUCAGUUUUUGGCAUUUUCGUUAGAGUAAUGCUGAGGGUUUUGAAUUGCAGUAGUGGUUUGACUAUACUGGGGGAAAUCGUAAAUAUUUGCGGCCAAUCGGGUCACUUUUGUAAUCGCGUUGAGGUCGUCAGACACUUGAAGAACCCUCAUGUUUUGAACAGGAUCACAGCAUGAACCGUUUUUUAAACUUAGGAUUCACUGUGCUGCAUCGUCGAGUAAAAGGUUGUUUUUUCCAAUGCAGUUAGUGACUUAUCGUCAAAAUUUUGGUACUUUUACAUUGUGGAAAAUUGUCGACCAACAUGACCGAUGUGGCCGUGGAGAGCCCGACGGCCUUGACAUUGCCUCCCAGACUGUGGCCAUGCUAGAUAGAUUUGUUGAGUUAGAAGUGCUGUUAAAAAUUUUGGUAUUACACUGAUAGCGGAUAGUAAUUGUUUUUGAUUGAGAUGAACCUUGACGGGGCUCCCUAGCAACAGGGGAAGAGAAAAUGCUGAGGCUCAUGUUCAUGAGAAAGUGCUUCUGUUUCUGACAGUGGCGUCAAUGAUUACUGCUGUUGCAUCGUAAUUUGUUCAUCUUUCAUGAUGUGGAGUUUUGCAUCUAAUGCCCUGACAAGCAUUAGAAUGAAAAGAUGCUCGAAACAGUUAAGUGAAACUAAUGCAGAAUGCUCGGAUGAUGAGGUCUGCUCUAAUUCCAGCAGAGACGAAGGGCUGGAAUGUCCAAUAUGCUGGGAAUCAUUCAACAUAGUUGAGAAUGUGCCCUAUGUCUUAUGGUGUGGUCACACCCUCUGUAAAAAUUGUGUCCUAGGACUGCAAUGGGCUGUGGUGAAUUUUCCUACUCAGCAAAUCAGGAUCCCAUUCUUCAUUUCUUGUCCAUGGUGCCAUUUGUUAUCAUUCCGGAUCAUUUACAAGGGAAAUCUUAAAUAUCCUUGCAAGAACUUCUUCCUGCUUUGGAUGGUUGAGAGUCUGAAUGGUGAUCGGCAUAAGCUUGGUUCCUCAUGUGGGGACACUCAACCAAUUUGGUCUCCCAAGUGCAACCUUCUGGGAAGUCAAGUUAGUACUUGUAACCAAAGAAGGGCCUCAAUGAGUCCAUAUUCUAGACAGGUGGGAUCUGACCGUGAUGUUGGUGCCAGUGGAGAGACACCCUACUUUUCUCUUCACAAAUCUCUGGAUUUCUUCCUUCGCUUUACAUCCAAGUUCCCAUUGAUCGUUAUUUUUCUGCUGAUUGCCCUUUUUGCGGUUCCUGGCAGUGUUGUUAUUUUAAUCCUUUACUUACUACUCACUAUUCUUUUUGCCAUACCAUCAUUCCUCGUAUUGUACUUUGCAUACCCUACGAUCCAGAGGCUGAUAAGAGAAAUUACAUCUUAAGAUGUAUCCUUCGCCAGACUGUUACAUCUUGUCAAUCCGACUUCAGCAAAUUCACUAUGUAUUUUUGGAUUGAUUGUUGUUCUCUGGUAAUUUCUUUCUCUGUUAGUUUUAGGUUUUCAUAAUGGUUCCACAUCUUUUGUAAUUUUUUGUGCAAUCUUCAUGUCAACUAUAUGUUGAAAAUCUGGAGAGGAAUUUUACUUUUUGCCAGUUGUA